CGGGAAUACAAGAAGUGAUAAGAGCACAGUGUGGGAGAAUUUACUUACACCAUUAUUAAGACUGCCAGUGAUCUUCUUAAGAUAUAAAAUACUAAUUAAAAAUAAUUAAUACUGUGGUUGAUGAGAUAAAAUUAUAUUUUGUCGCAUCGUUUAUUACUUCUAAUAUUUAAACAUACUUCUUGUAAUUCUUCUGUAAGGAAUUGGGGGGAAUAGAUUCAUGAGCCAAACCAAACGUGUACGUAAAAUUUUGUGAGCAAAUGUGAUCCAAAACGAUUUGCUGAUGGUGACUACAAUCUUUAUUCCUUGACUUUUCAAAUUAAACAGCGGGAAUGAUUUUAUUUCGUAGUAUAAAUAAUGUGCCAUCCUCUUUUGCAACUAAAUAUUUUAAAUUUGAUUUUAUCAUUAUUUAUUCUUCUCCGAACUUAUGUUUAUUUCUUGUUUUUUCAGAAAGAUUUACUUAUUAUGUAGCUAAAUCCACGAUUGGCGCCAAUUCGCUUUCCGUUUGACCUGAACCUCCAAUCCCCUUGUUGUCAUUGUGCAUCUUGAUUCGAAAUUCGGGUUUUGGACGGUUCAGGCGUGUGAGAAGGACGAUUUCUUUGUUACACUUGUAGUCGAUGCCAAGUUACUGUUAGACCUAGAAGAGCAGCAUCGUUCCGUUACUUUCGUUAUAAACAUUUAGGGUGCCUUCGUAUAUGUAGCAGUGAGAAGUUUGAUCUUCCUUUAAAUUUGUGUUGUCUCUAGAAUUUCCCUGAAAAUGCCGGGUGAAGCAAGAACUGUACUUCGUUUCGCGAAACUCACAGACAAAGCAUUAUCACCAACUAAAGGUUCCACAAAAGCUGCAGGUUUUGACUUGCGAAGUGCUUACACAGUAACUGUUCCUGCCAAAGGCAAGGCAUUGCUUUUUACUGACAUCCAGGUUGAAAUUCCCGAAGGAUGUUAUGGAAGAGUUGCUCCCAGAUCUGGCUUGGCUGUGAAGCAUCAUAUUGAUGUUGGAGCUGGUGUUGUGGAUGAAGAUUACAGAGGAAAUCUUGGUGUAGUUCUGUUCAAUCAUGCAGAAGAAGCUUUUGUUGUUGAAAGAGGAGAUAGAAUUGCACAGCUAAUUUGUGAGAGAAUUGCUUAUCCUGAAUUAGAGGAAGUGAAGACUCUCAGCGACACCAAUAGAGGUGCUGGUGGAUUCGGUUCCACUGGCACAAAAUGAUUUGACUGUGCUGUACUCCAAAUGGAAAUGUCGAGUGAUGAACUGUAGAAAGACUGGUGUGUCCUUGCAGAAAUCACACUCCUUGCUGUGUCUAGCAGCCUAUGCAGGCUUGUGAUUUGGCUGUUCAAGGAGUUUUGCACCUGGAUCCAUACAGUUCAUAGACUUACCCUUUUUUUAAAUGGUGAUUCAGACGUAUCAUGCUAAUUUACUGCAAUUAGUCUUAAACAAAAGGGUCUGUGGAGUGAGUAUAAUUAUUUGUGGGCAGUGCCAAACAUUCUGACAAUCUACCAAAAGUUUAAGCAUUUUUACAAUUAGCAUUGUAAUCAAACAUUUUGGUUGCAUGAAAAUUUGUGCAUUUUGAAGAGAGUAAUAAACUACUGUAACACCAUGAUUUUGAGGAGUCCAGUAAAUUUUUGCACAAGUGAAUGAGAUAUUCUGUAAUGACAAUUAUUUAAUUUUGUAUGUUUUCAUUUGACUCUCAAAUGUGUUUGGUGUAGGGUAAUCAGGUCAACAAACUUGACCUUGGCAAGAAACAAUAAAAUUGUUUGUGUUA